UUCGCAGACUCAAUUUACUUUAACAAAGUAAUUGAGAUAUAAAUGCUAAUUAACUUUUUGUUAAUUAGCGAGCGCUUAUAAACUUGUGGCUGUAGAUGGCGCGUGAGUGUUAUGAAUAAAUAUAAAAAAACAAAUGAUGAGGAGGCGCAAGUUCCCGCAUCCGCCACAUCAUAUGUUUUGAUCAUAUGUUUUCUAUCAAACGCAGAGCCUCCUUCGUGACCGAGCGGGAUUCUUAAACUGAGGUGAUCUUAAGAAACACUCGGGGGCUGAUGUCGUGUUGAUUCAUAUUCGUUUUUUUCGUCGGGAACUGUGCUUUUUAGGUUAUCAAAGAAAACCGAGAAGGUGCGUUUCGCGAAAUGGCAACGAGCUUGAGAAGCGAUCAGAGCUUCGAAGAGGAGCAGCACAGCACCAGGAGUCCCUCCAUCGCAUCCCUGAGGGACUUCCAGUGGCCCCUGUUUUUAGCUUCAAAGCAGCCAAAGCGCAGGAAACCUUAUCCAAAAGGUCGGGAUCCGGUCGUCAUUGAGCGCAGCAAUCUCGUCAACAUCAGCAAAUUGGUCGUCAAAGAAUUGAUCGAGCAGAGUCUGCGGUAUGGAAGGAUGCUCGACUCUGAUCACAUGCCUCUGCAGCAUUUCUUCAUCGUUUUGGAACACGUUCUGAGGCACGGUUUGAGGCCGAAGAAGGGUUUGUUGGGACCGAAGAAGGAGCUUUGGGAUAUACUGCAGACCGUUGAGAAAUUUGCACCGGAAGCUCAGGACAUCACCUCGAGCGUUCGAGAUUUACCGACCGUCAACACCCACAUGGGACGUGCUAGGGCUUGGUUAAGGUUGGCGCUUAUGCAAAAGAAGCUGGCCGAUUAUCUGAAGGUGCUUCUCGAUAACAAGGAUGAAGCUCUUGCAGAAUACUUUGAACCGGACGCUCUGAUGCUCAGCGACGAAGCCAUCAUAAUCAUCGGUCUUCUCGUCGGUUUGAACGUGAUCGAUUGCAAUCUGUGCGUGAAGGAGGAGGAUUUGGAUUGUCCUCAGGGUGUAAUCGACUUCUCAUUGUACCUGAGAUCUUCCAACCAAGUCUCCACCGACUUAGGUAACGAAGAGGAUGAGGAUGAAAGCCACAUGACAACGGUUCUCGAUCAGAAGAAUUACAUCGAGGAGCUGAACAGGCAUUUAAACGCUACUGUUACCAAUCUUCAAAAUAAAGUCGAGAGUUUGACCACGACGAAUGCGCUCAUGAAGGAGGAUCUCGCAAUCGCGAAGAAUAAUUUGUACACGCUUUUCGAAGAGAACAAGCAGUUGAGGGUGGAUCUAGGUAGAGAAGAGUCCAGCAUGAGGAUCAGCAUGCUCUGCGAAUCGGGCGCAACCAUAGAGUCUACGAGCACAACCGGAGAAGUUGUAGAACUGAAGCAGCGGCUCGAAGAGGAGCGCAAAUUACGGCAAGAAGCAGACAAAGAACUACAACUUCAAAUGGACCUGAAAGCUGAAAUGGAGGUUGCGAUGAAACUUUUAGAGAAGGACAUCCACGAGAAACAAGAUACUAUUAUCUCGCUGCGGCGUCAGCUCGACGAGAUCAAGCUGAUCAACCUGGAGAUGUACAAGAAGUUACAGGAAUGCGAGGGUUCUGUCAAACACAAAACAGAGUUAAUUAGCAAGCUCGAGGCGAAGGCCCAAUCCAUGUCCGGUACGAUUGUAAACCUCGAACAUAAGUAUAAAGAGACGGAGAACUGCCUGAUGUCCACCGAGGCGCAGAAGCGAGAGCUGAAUAUGCACUUGAGUCAGAACGAGGAGCAGACGACGAACUUCGAGAGCGAUCUGAAGGUGGAGAGGGAAUGGAGGAGAUCGCUGCAGGAAACGAUGCAGCAGGACAGAGAGAAGAUCGGGCGAUUGCAGCACGAAUUGACACAACACAAGACCAUCUCUCAAAAAUACGUCUCACUGCAGGAAGAUUAUUAUAUGCUGAAAGAGCACAGCUUGGAGCAGGAUCAGACGCUCGAGGAAUUGGGAAGACAGCUGAGCCUCUCCAAGCUGCAGUUAUCUGAUAUGAAGGAGGAGGCGAGUAAAUCGAAGACGGAUUCCUCGACCUGGGCCAAAGAUACGUCAGCUACGCACUGCAAGGCGUGCAGCAAAGAGUUCAACCUGACCAGACGAAAGCACCAUUGCAGGAACUGCGGCGAAAUCUUCUGCAACUCUUGCUCCGACAAUUCGAUGUCGCUACCGUCGUCCGCAAAACCGGUGCGCGUCUGCGAUGAUUGCCAUCUGAUACUCGUCCAGCGCAAUUCUGUGAUGUAAUCAACGUUCGUUUGUUCGUUCAUCUAGUUUAUUUUAUAUUUACAAAAAAAAACUUAAUUCAUUGGCCUUACGCAAUUGCGCGAAAGAUAUAUAUGUUGCUUUGUGCAAAAAAAAAAA